GAUUGAGUGAAAAUACCAACUGCAUGGUUCCAAUUUGUUAACAACUCAUUAUUACAUACAUUUUUUGUACUUUUGUUUCUAAAUAAAUACCAACAUUGUUUUAAGCCUCUCACUUCCUCACUCUCUCUUUCUCACCCUCUUUCAGCUGCUUUUGUUUCCACUUGUUUCAAAGAUUAGAUCUUUUAGAUUUAUGUGAAACUCUAUUGGGAUGUGUGUUUCUAGAUUUGGUCUUUGAUUCUUUCUUCUUCUUCUUCUACUACCACUUCCAUUGGUUUUCUCAUUCAUUCUCUCUCAAAUGUUUUUUUUCUUUCAAUUAAGAACUUAAAAGAGUAGUAGGAAACCAAUAAAUAUUUAAUUUUUUUGCAAAAUUAUUGAUUUUGAUAAUAAUGGGUCAUUCAAUAUGCUAUGUAGUUUUACAUUUAUUGUCAAUUUUUUGUGUUGGAAUUUCUUUGGUUUCUGCUUCAAUGGAAGAUCAAAGGAGAGAUAAGAUUAAGUUGUUACCAGGACAGCCAAAGAAUGUUGGAUUUGAACAGUAUUCAGGCUAUGUGACAGUGAAUGAAGAGAAUGAAAGAGCAUUGUUUUAUUGGUUGAUUGAAUCACCAAUGAAUCGUGGACCUAACUUAAGGCCAUUAGUUUUAUGGCUUAAUGGUGGUCCUGGUUGUUCUUCUAUUGCUUAUGGUGCUUCUGAAGAAAUUGGCCCUUUUCAUAUUAGGCCUGAUGGAAAAUCACUUUACUUGAAUCCUUAUGCUUGGAAUAAUUUGGCAAAUAUAUUGUUCCUUGAUUCUCCUGCUGGUGUUGGCUUUUCUUAUUGUAAUAAAACAACAGAUCUGUACACAUUUGGUGACCAGAAAACAGCUGAGGAUGCAUAUGUUUUUCUCGUUAAUUGGUUUGAAAGAUUUCCUCAGUAUAAGCAUAGAGAAUUCUACAUUGCUGGGGAAAGUUAUGCAGGUCAUUAUGUUCCUCAGUUGGCUCAAAUUGUUUAUCAGAGAAAUAAGGGAAUCAAUAAUCCAGUUAUAAAUUUUAAGGGAUUUAUGGUUGGAAAUGGUGUUACUGAUGAUUAUCAUGAUUAUGUUGGAACAUUUGAGUACUGGUGGACACAUGGUUUGAUUUCAGAUUCCACAUAUAGGAUUCUAAGAAUUGCUUGUGACUUUGGAUCUUCCCAGCAUCCAUCAGUCCAAUGCAUGACUGCUCUUAGAGUUGCGGUCGCGGAGCAAGGAAACAUCGAUCCAUAUAGCAUUUAUACACCACCUUGUAACGAUACAGCAUCACUCAGACGUGGCUUGAACGGUCGUUAUCCAUGGAUGUCAAGAGCAUAUGAUCCCUGUACUGAAAGGUAUUCUGAUUUGUAUUUCAAUCGUCCAGAAGUUCAGAAGGCACUUCAUGCCAAUGUAACUGGGAUUUCUUAUCCAUGGAAGACAUGCAGUGAUAUUGUUGGGAAUUAUUGGACUGAUUCUCCACUGUCCAUGCUUCCUAUAUAUCAAGAACUUAUUAAUGCUAGUCUUCGGAUAUGGGUAUACAGUGGAGACACUGAUGCUGUAGUCCCGUUGACUGCCACGCGACAUUCAAUCGAUGCAUUGAAGCUACCAACCAUCAUCAACUGGUACCCUUGGUAUGAUAGUGGCAAGGUUGGUGGAUGGAGUCAAGUUUAUAAAGGACUCACAUUUGUUACAGUAAGAGGUGCCGGCCAUGAAGUUCCUCUUCAUAGGCCUCGCGAAUCGUUCAUUCUUUUUAGAUCAUUCUUGGAGAACAAGUACAUGCCAUCAUCAAGUUCAUGAUCAUACAAGUAUAGUACAGUAUAAAAAGUAGUAACUUACAUUCUUAAGAAUAAUAGUUACAAUUCAUAUACACGAAACACAGGUUGAGACAGAAUAAAGGAAUGCAUUUCUCAUGAGUUCCAUCUUGCCUCUCUCUGCAUGGAAAUUAAAAUUUGAUAAAUGUACCAAUAUAGUAGUCAGUUUUUCUAUUUUUAUUUGUUAUUGAAAAUGUGAUUAUUUUUAUGACAGUUUUAUUCUUUAUAUAUAGUUUCACUAUGCAAGAUUAAUGUGAUAUCUUGUGUAAAACUGUUCUCAUAAAUGAAAAGUUUAAACUUUGCAUUUA